GGCAUCCAAACUGAGCGGGACAGAGCAAGAAGCUGAGAAGGAAAUAAUAUCUGCAUUGCCCCAAAGUCCUGGAGGCAGAACCACUGUGCUCCAUUUAACUUCUUAAGAGCCUGUGAGCUGAAGGCUGAUCUCAAGGACGCUCCCAGAUAAGCCACUGAAGUUUUCCCUUUGCUUUACCUGUUGACCUCUGCUCUCCUCUGAUUAUUCCCCCAAAUGGAGCGAUCUACACAAGAACUCUUCCUGAACUUCAUGAUUGUCCUGAUUACUGUACUGCUCAUGUGGCUCCUCGUGAAGUCUUAUCAGGAGUAAAAGACAAUCAGAAACUCUUGGAGUUGAUUAAGUACGUGUCUCUGCAGACAUGAGUAACAUCCUCAGCACACCUCUGUGAUUAGUUUUCAAUCAAUUGAGGAUGUCAUGAAUUUUUUUACUCUUGCAUUUCUGUUGCCUGUGCUAACGUUUAUAAAGGGUCUGUGAUGGUGUAAUUAUUUUAUUCUGCAGUGAUCCAGCUGUAAAAUGUAAAAUGCAAGAUCCUUAGACACUGUUACGUGUGGCUGCCUCCUCCAGCAGUUUCUGGGAUUGUUGUAACCCCUUUGUCCGGAACACCCGCUUAUUGGGCAUCGGUGUUAGAUUUUCUAGUGUAUAAAACUGCAAUAUGCAAUGUAUUUGUCUUUAUUAACCAGCAUAAAAGGCACAGACUUGCUAAGCAGAAGGAAAUGUGAAGCCUUU